AUGACCAGCUUUCUUUCUCUGCCAGCCAGGGUCUUGGCUGAACCAGUUCCUCUGCCCAAGCCACGUGCUUCGGCGCAGAAACCCUCGGGCUCAAGCUCUGCUCCCUCCUCCUCGUCUCGUGCACUUAAAGAAAAAUCCUCGCAGCCUGAUCGCAUCGUCUACUCCGUGGAACAAAUGGAAGCAACCACCGGACUUUUGCAACGAGCGUACACUGAGCACAAGCGCGUUCUUUCGGAAAAUGCUGAACUCGAGGGUCAAGAGGCCCAACAGCUGAGGAAAGACCUGGCGCUUGAGCGAGAGAUUAACACAUCUUUCACCGAUCAAAUCCUUAGAAUGGACGAGUUUAUGCUGGAUAUGGGAGAGGCCCUAAACUGCAGUAUAUGCGCCGAGCGAAUGGAUAAUCCGCACAUCAUCCCGGCAUGUGGGCACACCUUUUGUGCAGACUGCAUCGAGGCUUGGUUCGUGAAGCAGAUCGACAACCACUUUGACAGCGAGCAGAACGCGCGAGUGGAGACGAUGGUGUACACCUGCCCAACCUGUCGCACUCACAACCGAGGGUGGCACAGAGAGAACUUCGCCUUAAAAGCACUGUCGGGCCUCCUCUCUGACUAUCUUUCUAAGCAAGAUGCAUGA